UUACUAAAAAGUCGUGAUUGAAAGUUUCACGUUUAUAUGACUAUAUAAGAUUGAUUGAUUUUGUUUGUUUUAAAUCAUUACAAUGGCGUCUUUGACAUUAACUGUUCUAUGUUUCUCCGUUUGCUUAUAUGGGCUUCAUGCCUAUAGCAUCAGCACGGAACGUUCACCAGAAUUGGCAGAAGAACAUUCCCAAGAAAAUACAUCAAAUGAAAGUGACACAUUUCCUGAAGUAGAAAUUUCAAUAAUUAUUUUAGCGCAUUGUUAUGAUAAAAGCCACUUUGAAGAGUCUGACGAUUUAUUGUAUCACAAUGAAGACAAGCUUAAGUGUUUCCUUGACUGCCUGGAAGACAUAAUUUUGGAUAUUGUAGCUACCCAGGAAAAUGGAGUAUCGGGGAGUUCUUCAAACACUGAAAAGGGUUCUAAGAACGAAAUUGAAACCGAUUCAGGAGAAAAAAGACCCAUUAUAAGCUUUUUGAAAAAACAAUUUAAAAAAGAUGGGCUUAAGGCUCUACUUGAUUAUUGUAAAAGUAUUAUUUGGGAUUUUACCAAUACAAAGCAUGACAGGGUAUUGAGGAGUUCUAACCCUAUCACUGAAAAUAGUGCUACAAACGAAACUGAAACCGAUGAUUCUAACUCCACGGAAAGGGGUACAACAAACAAGCCUACAAUCUAUGAUGAAAAUCCAAUUGUAAAACUAUGGAAGAAAAUUAAAUGGUUUUUUAAUAAAUUAUACGAAUGUUUAAAAAAAGCAUUUAAGAACCCAUAAUAUACUUAUCUCUGUUAUUCUUAUGUUUCUUCAUUAAUUGUCUCUUUGAAUGUUGGUAUAUUUAGGAAGUAAUUCCUUUAUACUAUAAU